UGAAAAGCAUUCAAAUCACCCCCAAAUGCUUACCCUGUAAUCAUUAUGAAAACAGAACCAUUAGAAUAUUUUUACUCUGAAUAUGUUUGAUGCUGAUACUUGUUUACCUAACGCUUGGAGAUCAAUAUCAGCAAACUGUGGCUAUAUGCUCUGGAAAUUGUAAAAAAUGGCAUCCUUACCAGCUUGUUAUUGACAAGCAGAAACUUCUUACAGUAGUGUUAAUCUAUUAGUCAAAUUCAUGGCUUUGUGACAAACUAUUUUUUAUUUAUUUUUUUACACAAACUAUAUCCUGAAGACAAUACUUAAUAGUACCACGGAAAAUAAAAACAAUGUACAAAAAUAAACAAAUCAUUAAAUCCCAUAUCUAAUAGACGGCUAUUAGACGACUAGCUUUUCUUUAGACCUAAUUUCAACCGUCUAGAUUCUGUAUAUUUUAGACGGAAUUUAGACAUUACACUUUAACCUAUUAUUUGAUAACUAUUUAUUCCAAAAAGCAACUGAGAGUUGUAUAACUGAUCUUCCAGGACAUAAAUAAUGUUAAUAGCUGUUGAGCAAUAUACAGUGUAGUAUAGAUAUAGCCUAUAUUUAGCCUUGGUCUAAAUUUAGACAUCUAAAAACCUUUAAUUUUUAGACCUGUGGUAGCCUGAUUUUAGACUCGACGUCUAGGCUACAUUUAGACGUCUGUUAGACCUCUUAUAGACCAAAAAAUGCUCAGUGGGUAGGCCCACAGUCAUUUGUGUUGCCAGACUGUCAUUGUAUGAAAACGUUGAAGGACCUGAAAAUUUCAGUCAUGAAUAAAAAUCUAUUUUUCAAGCAUAGCAGUCAGAAAUCUUGCUUGAAAGAUAUAAGUCAUGUAGUCCAAUGUUGUUUACUUUCCCCUCUAUUAGAAACAGCGACGACCCCUUUUUAAAUAUUACAGCCCUUUCGUUUUGCUCAGGCAUAUUCCGGGUCGUGUUGUUUGGGGUCCUUACUGAGAGCUCGGCGCCAGUCUCCCGGUUGUUAACGGUGGAGGAGAAUCCGAGUGAAAUUUGGUGAAUUAUUCCUUAAAUUCUUGCAGCUAAGGACACCUGGGUCCUCUUUGCUCCAGCGAUGAAUCUGGAACUGCUCGGUAAUGAACAGAUACAUUGUUUUUCCUCCGUAUACCCCGCUAUCGUCGCAUCAUUAUUGUUGUGUUCUUGUUGUGGUUAGCAGUGUGCACUAGCCUAGCAUGCUAACAUCAACCGCUCUAAUAUAAAUUAUUAUUAUCUGGAUUUUCCUGAACUAAUGGAUAAAAUACUGAGUUGAAUAACAUUUAAACACACUUUAAGCUUUAUUCAAACUCUUUAUGUCAACAUUCGUCCCGAAAGUUUGUGUAUUUUAUGAAUAGUAGCUGAUACCGUUCAGUCUCUUGGCUCUUAUCGUUUCAUAUAUGAAUUAAAUGUUUGUGUUUAAUAAGACAUGUAUUCAGUAUUAGUAUACAUAUUUUCUAACUAGCGUCUGUCUUCAUGAUCUUAACGCUACUUGAAUCUCUGUGUGAAAGUAAUAAACUGUGUAUGUGACUGAAAAAGUACAUAACUGAUGUUAUUAUAAAGAGAUGAUAAAGACGGAAACUGCAGAUUUUCAGUUUUAACAAAUGUUGGAAAAGUCUCACAAAAUUCCAAAUGUGUUCAGAUGAAGCAGAGACUCCCCUUCUUAAACUUCUCUAUGUUCAUUUGAGCAUUUUAAAGUGUUUUACUCAUUAUAACUUCAAGAGGUCUCUAAAGAUUUGUCCUUCCUGUGUCAAUAACUUAAAGUGAAACAACCCUUUUUUACAAAUCCAAUGCUUGUUUCCAACCUCAACAUGCUCUCUGUCAUCGCAAUGUUUUGCAUAAAUAAUUUGAUUUGCAUUUGAUUGUUUUUGUUCUGUGCAAAGCAUGCUGAAUUUGCAUAUGUAUGAGAUGAGCUGUACAUAUGAAAACAAAUUGAACCAAAUUGGCCCCUACACAGCUGUAAGUGAAUGCAGGGAGUCUUGAUAGAAAUUUAGGGUAUGUAUCGAUUUGAUGAAAAAUACAUCAAACAGUUUUGGUAACCUCAGUCUGGACUGGUAAUUACCACCAAGUUGAAGUAAGCACUCAGUACUCAAAGUGAGUUUGAAAUAAAGUAUGUUUGACUUUUGGAUCCACAGGCUGUUCAGUUUUAUCUCCACUUUCGUUAAGUUUCAGCAGAGUAACUUUUUUUAAUUGCUCUUUUCACCUCUGGUGAUCUCUGCUUUAAAUUAUACCCCUACUUUACCUCUGAGUCAGCUGUGACUUCAGUAGAUACAUCCUCUAUAACUGCCUCUUUCUUGUUUACUGCUUCACAUCUUCUUUCUUCUUUCUUUCCUAGAAUCGUUCGGGCAGAACUAUCCAGAGGUAAGCCGCCAGCUCCAUACGUACACUUCAGUUUGAUGGAAGGUCUCAGAGUGUUGUAAACCUUUGUUUCAUUGUAUGUUUACGUGUCUGCGUGUGUUUUCAGGAGGCAGAUGGCACUCUGGAUUGUAUCAGCAUGGCCCUCACCUGCACCUUCAACCGUUGGGGCACCCUGCUGGCUGUGGGUUGUAACGACGGACGUAUCGUCAUCUGGGACUUCCUCACACGAGGCAUCGCCAAAAUAAUCAGCGCACACAUUCACCCAGUCUGCUCGUUAUGGUGAGACAGUCAUUCAAAAGUACCAUUAAAUGCACUAAUGGACAGAAGGCUAAACACCUGUGUGUUCACAGCUGGAGUCGAGAUGGCCACAAGCUGGUGAGUGCUUCUACAGACAACAUUGUCUCGCAGUGGGACGUCCUGACUGGAGACUGUGAUCAGAGGUUUCGUUUCCCCUCACCCAUCCUGAAACUCCAGUGUCAUCCCAGAGACAUGUAAGUGACCACAGAGAGUCUUUAUGUAAAUGAUUUCGUCACCAUUGGCAGAAAAUUGCAGACUUUCUGUUUUAAAACCAAUUUGUUAUGAUACUCUCAGGGAUAAGGUGCUGGUGUGUCCCAUGAAGUCCGCCCCCGUCCUGCUGACUCUAUCAGACUCCAAACAUGUUGUCCUGCCUGUGGACGACGACUCAGACCUAAAUGUGGUGGCAGCCUUUGACAGGCGGGGGGAGUACAUCUACACCGGCAACGCCAAAGGAAAGGUCAGACUUAUGCAGCAGUGACUUUUUUUCAGCAUGGCUACAGACACAGCAGCUGCGAUGUCGACCCGUAUUCAUGCGCAUGAAAAUAGUUUCAAAUUAAAUGACUUUGGAGUCCUUAUAGACAGGAUUAUACAGGUUUGUGUUUGUCUCAGUUUACAGCUUAUAGAAAAUAAAAAUAAUUAAUGUCACAACACAGAAAUUUACUCACACCUGUUAUUUAUUUACAAACCAGAGUACUUAUUUACCCAGCCUACAUGCAGCCUGUGAACAUUUGAGUUUUCUGGGCUUUUUGAAAAAACCUCCAGAGCUCUUUGAUAGUUGAACUCAGCAGUGGAGGGGGCCAUUAAUGCUCACACUCAUGCAGAUGGCAAGAUGCUCCUCUUGUAGCCUGUUCCUCAGGUCAAUCUUCACCUAGAAAUUCUUGUGUUAACCUCUACUCUGCGCCGCUCAAGGAGCUACGCUGUUACGUUCAUGUAACGUUACGUUCUCUGCGCUUCUCGCUGUAUAAAUAAGCUGAAACGUUACCUUUUACGUUAAUGGAAGAGGGUCCGACAGGAUUUGAUGACUCAAAACAAGUCGAAAAUAACGUUGUGUUUUGUUGUGCUCACACAGUGCGAGUAGAAAUCAUUAGUGGCGCAUUGAUGUUAAUGAUUAUGUCAGUCGCGGCGCACAUAAUUCAGCAGUGGCAGUGUGCCGCUUCUGAAUGAAUGUAGGGGAAACACUGUGCAGUAUGCUUCACAUUUAUGUCUGUGCUUCUUGAAAGAAAACAAAUGUUACAUUGAAAUAAAAAUCUCAGUGCUGUGUAAAUGUGAAAAAAAAAAAAGCACCUCCUGAAAGUGGUCAACUGAAACAGUUCAUCAUCUUGUCUCUGUCUGCCUGCUGUUGCAGAUUCUUGUGUUGAAGACAAACACUCAGGAACUUGUUGCUUCCUUCAGAGUUACAACCGGCACCAGCAACACCACCGCCAUCAAAUCUAUUGAAUUUGCACGCAAGGGCAGGUGAGCGGCUACAUGAUUAAACCUGGAGGAGAACAUUAUUGGGACCCCUCACAUAUAAAAAUGGGCAGAUUAUUGUCACAGAUUGAAUUUUCUUUAAAAACCAGUGCUGAAGAAUUUUCUUCUUUUUGCUUUCCUCCUUGUGUGUCUAAUCUGACCCUGGUUUUUGUCUGGUUUUCUGUGCAGCUGCUUCCUCAUAAACACAGCAGACCGGAUCAUCAGGGUGUAUGACGGCAGGGAGAUACUAACCUGUGGCAGAGAUGGUGAGCCUGAACCCAUGCAGAAACUACAGGACUUGGUUAACAGGUAUGUCUACACUGAACCCUGCUCCACUUCGUCUGCUGUAGAAGAUCUUUUUUCCUGUUUAAGUCAGCUUGUUUUGUUUUGCUGAAGGUUGAAAUGGUAUUCAUAAGAAAUGCAAGAUUGCUGCACACUUGGAAACAUUACAUGUUAUUACUGAAUCUUGGUGCCGUGGGGUUAACAUUGAUUGUGUAGUAGACCCACAUCUCUUUCCUCCUCUGGUCUCAGUCUGUUCUCGUCCUCUGUCUGUGUUUUUCUCCGUCCAGGACUCCCUGGAAGCGUUGCUGUUUCUCUGGGGAUGGUGAGUACAUUGUGGCCGGCUCGGCUCGGCAGCACGCUCUCUACAUCUGGGAGAAGAGCAUCGGCAACCUGGUGAAGAUCCUCCAUGGAACAAGAGGAGAGCUGCUGCUGGAUGUCGCUGUAAGACUCUCAACGCUGAAAGUCUGGCUCAGACAAACACAGUAUGUGUCGAUUUAAACGUUGACACAACACUAACUCAUUUCACCUUUGACCUUUGUCCAGUGGCAUCCUGUCCGCCCGAUUAUCGCCUCCAUCUCCAGCGGAGUGGUGUCCAUCUGGGCUCAGAACCAAGUGGUGAGUGGACAGUGACAGUAAAGGCUGAACAGAUGUUUUUAAAGGUGUUUAAGCCGUCAUGUUUCUAUACUAAAAGACUUUUCUCCGUGUUGUUAGUCAGAUCAAAGUUUGGAAAUUGGGCCUUAAAUUAAGCAGUUAAAUCCCCACUGAGUUUAAGUGACAAUACCAAGUUGACACUGGGGUUUGUUCUUUUAUGAAGGGUUACUCAUAGUAAUUAGUUCCAUCCUUUACAAAGAGCCUUGAAAUAAGAUGAAUAAAUUGUACAAACUAAACAGCAGUAUAAUAGUAUGUACAUGUUGGAGUCAAUGAACACUGUUUGGUCUGCAGGAAAACUGGAGCGCCUUCGCCCCGGACUUUAAAGAACUGGAUGAAAACGUGGAGUACGAGGAGAGAGAAUCUGAAUUCGACAUUGAGGAUGAAGACAAGAGUGAACCUGAGCAGACAGGUAGAUAACAAACAAACAAACAUGCACCUGCACAGACACUCAGGUGUGUUCCACAGACCUUUUUGACUGUUGCUGUGUUAUUGUUGGAAUGAGUUGGAGUGUGGAGGGGACUGUGUAGUAGUCAUGACUUAACAAACUAGUUUUUUUUUUUUUUUUGGACACGCGGUUCAGCCAAACCACCAAGUGCCCUUAAAGCACAACUGUGCCGGAAAAACCACUUCUGCUCCCUCUGAACCCUCUGCUGCAAGACAGAACUUGAACAUUUCACUCUUUAGUAAAAUGCAAAUAAAAGUACGACAAAAAAACUACUAAUGCUGGUGGCAAUGAAGCGUCUCCUAAAAUCUACUUUAAAACCUUUGGAAAGUACUGAGCGUUUCUACAGCUGAUCUGACUCAAUAAUCUCAUGUACGCUCUCUCUCUCUGAUCCUUUUUGUUUUCCUGCGUUAGUUGAGACAGCAACUGCUGGAUCGCCCUGCAUGUCUCCAACAUCCAACAUCUCUCAAAUCAAAAUCACGCUCAUGUUUCAGGUGCAGAUGCAGCUGAGGACGAGGAGGUGGACGUCACGACUGUAGACCCUAUAGUUGCUUUUUGCAGCAGGUCAGAAAAAAAAAAACAUUGUCUUUGCUGCUUCUGCAGACCAAUCUCAGUCGUCCUUUUCAAAACAACACGAUGUCUCUUUGUGUCUCUCAGUGAUGAGGAGCUGGAGGACUAUAAGGCCCUGCUGUACCUGCCCAUCGCUCCAGAGGUGGAGGAUCCAGAGGAGAACCCCUUCGGCCCUCCUCCUGAUGCCUCAGUCCAGACUGCUGCCACAGACGACGCCCUCGCUGGUGGAGACAAGAAGCAGAGACAGCCUUCGUCUGAUGGAGGCCCGGCCAAGAAGAAGGCUCGCACCACUACUGUUGAACUACCAGGGGUGCCCAGCGAUGGUGAGGGGAGGAAACACUGUGCUAAAAACAAGCUGGAUGCAUUUACAGAGCCAAGUUAAUUUGGAUUUACACGUUCAGAAACAGGUGAAUGUUUUGUCAAAAGCUGACUGUUGAUCCCGGUCCUUCCUCUCUCCCCAGAGGUGCACCCUCUACUGGGUGUGAAGGGCGAUGGAAAGUCCAAGAAGAAGACAGCAGGCCGGCCCAAAGGCUCCAAAGGUAAAGACAAAGACUUCCCCUUCAGGCCCAAGCCCUACAGGGGCGAACGGCCCUCCUUCCCCAUGGAGGCUCUGGGCAGCUCUGGCCCAGUAGGAGGAGGAGGAGGAGGAGGGAUGAAGGGGAGAGCAGAGGGGGGCCUGGCCACAGGUAAGCCUGCCACAGCCACCUGCCCCGCUGCUGCUGCUGAGUCUGGGAGCUCUGCUAGUCUUGACUGACACCUCACCAACCCGGCCUGUCUCAGAGGUCCUGUUUACACCCGGUAUUAACGUGUGCUGAGUGAUCGGAUCACAGGGAGACGGCUCUAAGCACAGGUGUGACACACAAGAUCAGGUUACAAAAUUCAGAGCUUUAAACUUCUCAAUGGUAAAUAGUCAUGGAUGCACAAAUAUAAGGUCACAUGUGGAGCAGAAGAUGCAAAGAGGAUAAAAGAGUUAAUAAAGAUCAGAAAAUGAAACUGAAAAGACGAAAAGGUGUGUAAGAAUUCAUCAGGAAAUAAACUUUCAGCUCAGAUUUUUUGGAGAGGCCCUUUAGAUCUCUAUGUAACCUCCCCUGUAUUGUGAGGCUCUAGAUCAUCAGAUUAUUUAGAGGUGUUUACUAAUCAGAUCAGUCUUUUUACAUUUAAACUUGUAGUCCAUAUAUUUAUUUACAAUAUGCCACUUCCAUAUCCUCGUAAAUGACACACCAACCUGUCUGUAGUUCAGCUCGUUCUGCAGUGUGGUUCAUACACUUGCAGUAAAAAGACACAGGUCAAAAGAACAAUAGGAUCCUCAAUGACAGUCAAACCACAGAUGUUUGUGUCUGUUCUCCGCCCACUCUCCUGUUUCCUCCUCUUGUAUUGAGAGGGAAUAAAAUUAAAUCUGAAAAGUGAACCGCCACACUUCGAGGUGACUACUCGUGAUCAGACCAACCAGGAUGCACAUUAAUACCAGGUGUAAACACGGCCAAAGACACCCCUCUCCUUGUACUGCUUCAACCCAACACCAACCCCCCACACCCCUUUCAACCCCACCGACUACACCCAACAUCCCAGCUCACUGACAGAAACCUGUCGCAGCAAAGCCUCAGUCUGGAGGACAGAACGUAAAAUCUGACCUCUGAACUUUCUUAAACUGAACAGGAGGCAGGGUGAACGUGUUGUUUUUAAUCUUUGCUAGAAUACUAGAAUCAAAAAUGGAACUUAAAAAUCAAACCCCUGUCUUUAUGUUAGUGAGAUUUUACAUUUUUCUUGUACUCAGAGUUUCUCCUCAAGAGUCCUUGACCUCAGUACGAACUUAUUUAAUCGUAUUUCUCAAAAAAAGAAAAACUACCGACUCCUUUCUCUCUAACGUGGGCCUCAGCAGUAACAUACCUGCUCUGACGUCGCUGAAUUCCAGGCCUCAUGUUUUGUAACACAAAGUUACCACUCGGUCAGACUUUAAGCCACAUGCGGCCUCUUUCUGCUGCUAUUCUGGGCCAAGAAAUCUGCUUGCUGUUAAGUUUGUUGGCUAAGUUUAGUUUUGAAAUAUGUGAACAAUGUGGAGCUCAAAAACUCUGUUUGCAGAAACCCUGCAGCAUCUUUAUCAGAGAGGUGAGAGUUCUCGUGAAAGUGGUGAGUGUAAGCGUGCCCAGCAGGUGCUGCGGCUACAUUAAAAGACCCUGAAAGUGCUGCAAACCAACAUAACUAAGCUCACAGCUACACUCAGUGAGACACAUCCCAUGUUCAGAGGCUGUAGUCCUCUUUUCAGCAGUCAUAGGUUCGACUCCUGGCCUUAAACCUCUGUUGCAUGUCCACUCUUUCUCUCUCUCUCUUUAUGACCCUCACGUUUCCCGUUAAAUCCAAGUAACACUUCCCCUUCAAAAUCAGUCAGUAUUUUUCCCUGAUCUAUGAAUAUCACACACACUCGUCUAUAUAUUUAAAGCUGCGGCCACUGAGAUCAGAGCUUGUUAUGUUUUAAUUCCAUGUGUAGUUGAAGUCCAUGGCUGUUCAAGAGAACCACACUGUUACACACUGACUCACACUGAACUUAUACUAGGACUGUGUUGCCUGAGUUAGGAUGUAUUGAUAUUGAUUAAAGUUAUUUCUGCAGUGUUAAAUCCUGUUGUACUUCUAUAGCUUAAUUCCCUCCAGACUGUGGCUUUCUGACAGAAUAACCUGCUAACUUUAGCCUCACUGCGACUAAUUUGCCUUCAUUUUAAACUCUGGUGAAGUUGGUUUGUAGUUGGCAGACGGGUGUUGACGUGGCUGAACGGUGGGAUGGUGCAGCUUGUUUCCCUGCGGGCUAGCUGGCUAGUCUACGUCUACUUCCUGCUUGGCCUCUGACCCUCCUGCUCCCGCUCCCACCUCGCUCCUUUUGGGCUUUUCAUGUGACAUGAACGUGUGUCUGUAGCAGCGCUGCUCAGGUCCUGUCUUCUCUGUUUUUCUGUGUCUGACACAUGUUGAUUAUGCUGUAGUUUGUUUUUAUGUCUUAACAUAUCCUACUAGCACCACCCAAUUACGGAAAUCCAUUAAAUCGUUGUAUCAGGACUAAAUCAUGAGACGAUAAAACAAGGGAGCAUGAUUCUAUCAUGAUGAAAUGCUUAUAAAUCAGAUUUUAAUUGUUUUUAAUCAUAACAGCAAAGGUUGGACUCCUGAUAGUUUUGCAUUAGUCUUGUUAUUUUUGUGUUUAACUUCUCCUUAGUCAUAAUGAGUGUGAGUGAUUAUGACUAGGGUGAUGAGAUAAAGUCAGAGUUUAGUAAAACUAUGAAUAGUUUCAGUGACAGAGUAGAUGAAAUGGACUGGAGUUUCUAUGAAAUUAAGGAUUAUGUUCCUCCAGACGGCAUCAAAAUCUAACAUCGACCAUCUUACUGAAAGAGAAAAUCAGAAUCCACUGUUUUGUGUGGAUUUUGGCGUCCUCUUGGACAGAGUGUUUAGUAUGUAGUCCUGACAAGAAUAAUCUGAAUUUGGUUCUCUUUGGAUCUUAUAUGAAUCAGGUUGAUCCAGUCCAGUUUCUCAGUGCUUUACCUCAGCGUCUGAUUGCCGAUGAUGUGACGAUAUGUGUGUAUUUCUGCAGGGAGUCUGGUCUCACAGUCGUACAAACAACACGACAUCGGGGGGAUGGACUGAUGGCUGCUGUGUACAGUUGUGAAGGAGCACCAGCAGGCUGAAACAAAGAGACACAAAGCCUGAUGUCAUGUACAGACUAUGUGAGUGAGCAGUCUGGCUCAUGUGCAGACUGUUUACCUCUUCAAACCAGAGCACAGCGUCACACGAAAACUCCUCUCCUCUGCCCAGAUCACUGACAGGAGCCGGCAAAGACGGUGUGGAGCAGCUGAGACGUCACAGUAGAGAUCAUGUCCUCUGUCUCUGUAGGAUUCAACAUGUAUAGAUACACCUGUGACCUGAUAGUGUGUGUGUGCGAUGUGUGUCUGUCGUCUUACUCGUUGUUUUUAUACGUAUUAAAACAUUUUGAUUUAUAAAUAAAAGCCUCUGAGUGGUUCAAAAUUUAUCUGGAGAUCCUUAAAAUAUUAUAAAAGGAGGAAAAGUUGGUUCAUUUUUAAGAUAUGGCAUCAACAUUUGCUAACUAAUAUUUUCUCUAUAAGAAUUGCCAACACUUUUUUUAAAUGUAUUUGAGUACCCAGAUGUUUGAAGAGACCUGGAAAAAAAUAAAAAAGACGAUUGUUUUCUAUUUUUCUCGUUUUCUCAAACUGCACCAUUGUCUCUAUCCUGGGACAGUGUUAGCUGAUUUGAAAUAGAGGCCCAUUUAUAAAUUUUAAUAUGCUCUAAAAUUACUCUAAAUCCUCCAAACAGUCCUUUUGCAUGACAUAAAGGUGGCCUAUCAUCACCAUUGAAAUAAACUGUCUCAAGGGUCUGCAAGCUGAGCUGUAGAGGGUAUCAGCUCAUUUAUGAAUUACAGUAUGCUUGAUAUUUACUUUAAAAGAAAAACCCUGGUCAUUUUGUGUAAAGUUUAAGCGUCCUUUUCGGCUUUGUAGUGAAAACUUUUUAUAGGGGGUCUGCUGCUGAGCUACAGUGAGUACAAGCUUAUCCUUAAAUUUUGACAUGUUUCAUAGUCUCUUAAAUUCUAAAACAAGUCUGUUUGCAUUAAAGAAAGCUGUCUCAGCUUUACAGUGGACACUGUGUUGAGGGUCUGCUAGCUGAGCUGCAGCAAAAUUUAACACAGAUUUAAACUGUCAUAACUAAAUAAAUAAAAUGUCACCUUUAAAACUUGUCAGCUAGAUGAGCUGUAAUGCAUAAAAAGUUCAUUCAAAGAUUUUUAAUAUCCAGUCUUGUUGUCAUUCAGGUUUUUAUGUGUGAAUGUUUUAGUUUCCCUGGUUUGACUUAUUUGUAUUCCUUUAUUUACUUUUAUUUAAAAGUUGCAGACUGAUGUGAAUGUGUUCUCUUGCAGCUUUGUAUAAAGUAAAUUGGCUCCUGUUGCUAGAUCUGUCAA